UAGAGUUAAUUGCAGGGGAUUAUAAAUGAAUUGUAACUGAUUCUCUCUCUAAUUCAAUCUCAGUUUCUCUGUUUUCUCUCUUUCUCUCUUCUUCUUCUUAUUCCCUAACACUCGAGCAGAGGUCAACCCACAACCAUCGCAACCCAGGAUUGAUUCAGGACUAUUGUUUUACUGACUCCAAGAUAUCAAAAUCCAAGCUUAGGUGUUGUAAUAUAAGAGAAAUAAUCCUAAAGUGUGCUGUGGCAUUCGAGAAAGAAGUAGAUAAAAAGCAAUUGCCUUGGAUGAGUUUACAACGAUGACCCUUGAUGCAGCAACCUUUGAAAGUUUAAGCCCUUCUCGUUUUAUCUGCUUCACGGUACCCGAUCCAACUUGUUCAGAUUCACUGCUCCGAGUUGCGGUGCUUGACUCACCAGUCCAACCCACUGGCUCACCCCAAGUUGGUGCUAUGUUAGUUCCUGAAGGCCGUGAAACUGAUUGGAUCUUCUCCACUAAAUUGGGUCAUCUCCAACUUCUCUUCAGUUCUCCAGGAAUAUCCCGCUUGAUUUUGAUAGGAAACCAAUUGAAGGAGGGUGAUUCUUCACCACAUAUUUAUCACCGUCCAUUAAAAUUUUCAUUGCAUCAGCAAGGCUUUGAGGUGUGGUCAAAACCUCUUCUCCUUGCUUUGUCUCCCAGAUCUUUGUUAAAAAAUGGUAUCCCUGAGAUACCCAUUUUGAGUUAUGUAGAUAACUUGGUUUCUAGUGUAGUAAUACAUGAAUGUGUCGGUCAUCAUGUUGGUGAAAUGUUGGUUGAAGAUGUCGAGAUUGAAAGUGAAGGUGAUGAGCAUCAUGGUUGUCUCAAAAGGGAAUUUCGAAGGCGGUUGAGGUUCAAGAGGAUGCCAAAUUUGAUUCAAACAGAAGUUCGCAUAGUUGUUCCAGAGACAGAUCAUAGUUUGAUGAGUGUAUGUAUUGAAGAUGCAAAGUUUAUGCUUGAUCUUCGGGUUUUGGUUCAUCCUUACCUGGCAUCUAUGGUGGCUAGUCUUUCAGUGAUCAGUGAAUAUAUAGAGGGACGAAUUCAAAAUGAGUUUAGACCUAAAGCUUUAUGCCUAGGGGUCGGAGGUGGUGCUUUGCUAACUUUUCUGGCUAUUCAAUUAGGUUUUGAGGUCAUUGGUGUGGAUAGUGAUGCAGAGAUUUUAAGGGUGGCAAGGAAUUAUUUUGGAUUGGAAGGCAAUGAAUUUAUCCAUGUUGUCAAUGGAGAUGCUAUUAAAUUUAUGAAGAAAGUCUCAUACCAGGGAAAACACAGUGAGAGAUCUUUUGCUGAUAGUGAGCUUAAUGGUUUUAGCCACAUGGUGGAUGGUAAGGUCAAGCAUAAAUUUGAUGUUGUUAUGGUUGAUUUAGAUUCAAGCGAUAUAAGAAAUGGUACAAGUUCUCCACCAUUUGAAUUUGUUAGAAAGCAAGUUCUUAUUGCUGCUAAAUUAGUUCUUUCUGAAUCUGGAAUCAUUGCAAUUAAUGUCAUUACUCAAAGUAAGUCCUUCUAUGAUAGAUUGGUAAAGCAUUUUCAGGAAGUUUUCUGUGAGCUGUACAAGAUAGAUGUGGGGAAUGAUGAAAAUUUUGUUCUUGUUGCCACAGUAUCACCUCAGGUGUUUACAGUUGGGGAUUGCAGUAAUUCUUUUCUUAUGCGACUCAAAUUAGUUAUUCCAGAAGCAUACAUAAGUUCCAUUAGGAAAUUGUAGGCUGUGUUUGAAUAGUUGUGCAGCAAACGUGAACGUAGGUUGGACUCCAUCCAACAUUUGAGUUCUGUCCAAAAUCAUGCCUUAGGAAAUCGGGAAUCUGACAUGGAACAGAACAGCAUUCCAACAGAAGUGAACACAAAUACAAACACACAAGUAAUGUCUCACUUGUUGAGGCAAGUGCUCUUAAAGAUCAUUAACCUCCACUUUCUGCAUUGUAAAACAAAUUGAAGAUGUGGCAGUAGUUUUGAUACCAUGCACCUAGAAUCAGCUUCAAGACAAUUGAGCCAACAAUGUAACUGCAGCCGUAUCAAAGCUUUAAAUUUUGCUCUAUAUCCAUUUGUUUUAUUAUGGUAAAUAUACCUUUUUCUUAAUCACGCUCUCAACUUUGGUUAAUUCGAAAGUUGUACUCAAACUGUAGCAUUCCUUCUUCAUAGUUGAGUGCCUUUUUUAUA